ACACUCGCGAAUAGAUCUCUUGAGUACAAAGUAACUAGAUCUUGUUGUGAGAAACUUAGAAGAUGGAGGCGUUCCUUGGCAAAUGGAAGGCGGAUACAAGCCGUGAUGUGGGUGUUAAGGAAUAUAUGUCUGCUGGACUGAUGCCACCGGAAGUGGUAGAGAAAAUCUUGACCAACGGUUACACUUUGGAGAUAGUGAAAUCCGGCAGUGGUUAUAGAGCAGAGAUGACAAGUCCUGGCUCGCCUACCAUAUCAAAUGAGUUCCAGCUAGGGAAAGAGAUCACUCUAGACGGCCCAGGAGGAUUAAAAUUAAAGUCUAUCAGCAAGUUAGAUGGAAACAAGAUUGUAGAAGACGCCACUGCUGAGAAUGGGCUGAAGCUGAACAUUGUUAGAGAAAUCAUCAAUGGAGAAUUAAAAAUGGUGACCACCUCACAGGCAGGCGAGAUGACACAGUACUUCAAGAGAUGUUGACUGGCAGAUGUGGUCUAUAACAGAGAACAAUACAAUGUGAUGCAGACAUCCUCCAUUCUCCAACACUAGCCUAGCUCAAGGCUGAAUAUUCAACAAUACUAUCAAUUUCAUUAUUUUUUUUUAAAUAUUAAAUAAUACUUAAAACAUGAUCCUAAAUGAGAACUGUGUGUGGAUGAGUGUGUCUAUGUAUGUUUGAAUAAAAACAAAAUUAGAACUGCAAAAAAAUUAAUUGAAAGUUCAGCAUUUAGUAAGGUAAUUUAAAUGAACAUUAAAUAAUAAAAUCGCAUUCUGUCUUCAAGGCCCAAGAUUAAGGAAGAGUAAUGUAAUGGUAAUGUCUUUGAUUCCGAAGAUUAAGGAUAAGUGUGCAGUGUUUCACAUGACUACGCAAACCCAGUAGCGACCUACAUAUUUUUCAAUACCUGAUGCAGACAAUGCCAUUGUACGCAGGUGGUCUAAGUUUUCUUUCUGUCUUCUGCGCCUGUCUUCAAUAAGAACUUUUCUUUGGGUCGCGAAUGGAUGUCCAGCGUCUGGCUCUUUCAGAGGCCAUAUGCUGCCAGCUACUUUCAUCUAUGCCAUUGAGGGCGAAAUGGCGCCUGGGUUAUUCUUUAUAGCGCUUACGGGGAAGGAAGUAUACAGUAUUAAAUAAUAUUUGGUCUUUAAGGUCAGACAAAGGAACCAAAUAUAUAUUGUAAGCCCAAAUAUACCAAUACAUCUUUUCCCUAUGGUUAGAAAGAAAAACUCACAAAAUUCUGUACAUUUAACCAGAAAAAAACACUAGAUUUAAUCAACAUUAUUGGUUAAGAAUUUUAUUCACUUCCAGGGCAAUAAUAUAGACAAGUACAUUAAAUAACACAAUCAAAUACAAACAGAAUCAUUCAAAACAAAACAAAAAAGAAUUACACAUACAUUGCAUUUUUUUUUUCAAGAGUGCUUUGAAAGAUAAGAAAGAGAUGUCUUCCUUUUUUUUAUCAAAAUGUGAAGAUUGGCUGAGGAAGAUGUCAUAUUCAUUAUAUUUAAAUUUAGCUGAGAUAUCUUAAGCAAUUAGUGUAGCGUGUGUUAACAUCUCAUUAAAAACACUGCUACAGUUGAGGAAGAUCAACUUUACUAAUCAAGCCCCUAAAUGACACAUCAUUAUUAUUAAGUUUGAUAAUAUCGGAACAAAUGGGGCUUAUACAUAGGAUAAUGUUUGUAAAACAUCUACUGGCGCUUUCAUUGAGACCUUUUUAUUUGCCACGAGACUUUGGGGUUAUUUACAUUGUCCUGGUUUAUGUUCCGCCUACAGCCAAAACGGAAGUUGCAGCUGCAAUAAUCGCUGACGUAGUGCAUGAGUUUCAGACAAGGUCACCGGACGCACCAGUAGUUAUACUGGGUGAUUUUAAUAAAUGCACCUUGAAGGUUGACCUACCCACCUUCUAUCAACACAUUUCAUGUCCGACAAGAGAAAACAGAACUCUGGACUUAUGUUAUUGUAACAUCAAAGGAGCAUUCACAUCUCGUGAAAAGCCACCACUAGGAUCAUCGGACCACAAAACAAUACAACUGCUGCCUACCUACCGCACAAAACUUAAAGAAGGAAAAAUCAUUCAAAAAAACGUACAAGAAUGGACACAAGACAAUAUUCUCAAACUACAGGGAUGUCUAGACUGCACUGACUGGAGUUUGUUCAAAGAGACCACUUCAAAUCUGGAAGAAUGGGUCGACGCAGUGACAAAUUACAUCAAAUUCUGUGAAAACAUGUGUGUCAGUACUAAGAGCAUCAAGAUAUACCCCAACAAUAAACCAUGGGUCACUGCAAAAAUAAAACGGGAAAUAAUCAAAAAGAAAAGAGCAUUUAUGAGUGGCGAUGGACAGACAAGGAAAAUUGCUCAACGAAAUCUCAACGUCGUUCUUGAGGAAGGGAGGAGAAACUACCGCACCAAGCUGGAAGACUCAAUUAAUACAAGUGACAUGAGACAGGCGUGGGGCAUCAUGAACAAAAUGGCAGGAGCACAAGUCAAAUUUAAAAAUAAUCUUGCUACAAGAGACGAAAAAACAUUGGCCAACGAGUUAAAUGAUUUCUAUUGUCGCUUCGACACGAAAGAUUUUAAUUAUCUAAGACUCAAAGCCCUUGAGGAUGUCAAUGUUAACAACUGCUUAGAAUUAGCGAUUACUAAAGAGCAAGUUUGUAACAUUUUCAAAAACGUCAACCCAAUGAAAGCUGGUGGGCCUGAUGGAAUAAAAGGGCGAAUCUUAAAAGAAUGUGCUGAACAACUAGCUGAACCUUUCCAAGAUAUUUUUUCUACUUCAUUACUAAACCAUGAGAUACCACCUGUGUGGAAGUCAUCUAUAAUUGUACCUGUGCCAAAGGUUUCCAAACCGAAGGAAAUGAAUGACUAUAGACCUGUUUCACUUACUUCCAUUGUGUCUAAAUGUUUAGAAAAAUUGGUUAAAAUGUUUCUUCUGAAUGAUCUUUGUAAUAAGUUAGACCCUUUACAAUUUGCUUACCAAAAGGGUAAAGGUGUAGACGAUGCCAUCCUAAAUAUUUUAAACUGUGUCUACAAACAUCUGGACUUACCGAACACUUAUGUAAGAUUGCUCUUUAUGGAUUUCUCAUCAGCUUUUAACACUAUACAACUUCAUUUACUCAUUGAAAAGAUGAAAGCGUUGCAGAUUAGUCCAUACAUAAUACUAUGGGCUAAUGAAUUUUUGACCCAGAGAGCUCAGAGGGUUAGGGUAAACAAUGUUGUAUCUAAUGAACGCAUAGCUAACACAGGGGCGCCCCAGGGGGCUGUAACAUCGCCAUUGUGGUUCAUUUUGUACACCAAUGAUUUUCAAUCCGAUAGUUCUUGUUGCUCCUUCACAAAAUUCGCUGAUGAUGCGGCUCUUCUUGCCCUGCUCUCAGAGAGCUCAGACGUAAAUGAGUAUUUCAAAGAACUAGAACACAUUGGGGAAUACUGUAGAGAUAAUUUUUUAUUAUUAAAUGUAAAAAAAACCAAAGAAAUGAUAAUCGAUUUUCGUAGGGACAAGAAGGGAAAUGAUAUUGUUUCUGUAGCUGGAGAGACUAUUGAAAUUGUGCAAACCUUUAAAUACCUUGGUACUAUCCUAGACAAUAAACUAAAUUUUACUGCAAAUACUGAUUAUAUCAGCAAAAAAGGGCAGCAAAGAUUACGACUACUAAGAAAACUGUCCUCGUUUAAUGUUAGCGAAAAGGCCUUGGCUAUGUUUUAUCACGCUCACAUCUGCAAUAUUUUAAGUUUCAAUAUCACUGCCUGGUAUGGCAAUCUGAGCAUUAAAAAUAAGAAUAAACUUUAUAGAAUCCUAAAUGCUGCUGGCAAAAUCAUUGGCAAAAAACAAACCCCAUUUGGUCAGUUGUUUGAGACAAACAUCUAUAAAAAAGCUAACAAGAUCCUCGAAAUAAAGAAUCACCCUUUGUGUCAGGAUUUUGUGAUUUUACCAUCACAAAAGAGAUACAAGACACCGAUAGCAAAGACAAACAGACACAAACACUCUUUUGUUCCCCUGGCAAUCAAAUCAUUAAAUAAGAACAAUCUGGUAUAAACUUUGUCACAUGUAAAUUAUGAGUGCGUCUGGUGUGAAUGUACACUUUGGUUUCUUAUAGUUAUAAUGUUUUUUGUUUGGUGUAAUGCACAAAUUGUAAGACAAAUUUCCUUACGGAUAAUAAAGAUUAUUAUUAUUAUUAUUA